UGUCUUACUACAAUAGUUGAACCUACUUGGUCUACAGUACAUAUCUAUGGUGUAGAGUAAGGAGUGUCUAGACUCUAGAUGUUGAGGUUAUGUUGUACGGGAAGUUAAAAAUCAGUACAUGUGUGGCAAGCAGUUAUACCACAUGUGUAAGGUAAUACCUGUGAGUGCUGCAGGGAUUGUCAGCGAUGCGGUGUCUCUCGCGGCACAAGUGAUCUCUCAGGGCUGCGUGGUAGCCGUGCCCACUGACACUGUUUACGGCCUGGCUUGCAAUGCACAGGAUAGUCACGCCGUUACGAAACUGUAUGCUAUUAAAGGAAGAAAUCUCGCUAACCCUGUCUCGAUAUGUGUCGGUAAAGUGUCAGACAUCGGACAGUGGGCGGACGUGAAGCACCUUGAACGCCGGUUGUUAAAUACACUGCUACCGGGACCAGUGACACUUGUAUUGAACCGCUCUCCGCUUCUGAACCCGUCACUCAACCCGGAAACCCUCAAGGUGGGUGUGCGUGUGCCCGAGUGCAGCUUCGUGCUGCAGCUGGCAGCGACGUGCGGCGUGCCGCUGGCUCUCACGAGCGCCAACACGUCGGGCGAUGCGGCUUCGCUGCAAACCAGCGAGUUCGCGCACCUGUGGGCGCGGCUGGGAGCGGUGGUGGACGCUGGCCGGCUGGGCGCGCAGGCAGACCGGAGGCACGGCUCCACCGUGGUGGACCUCAGUGCAGAGGGCCGCUACCAGGUGCUGAGAGCGGGCGUGGCCUGUGCCGGCACGGUCCGCGUGCUGCGCGCCUUCGGCCUGGUCGACGCUCCGUGACAGCCUCACGGCUCUGCGUGCAUUUAAACUGUUGCCUUGUUUCCGCUCGUGUGCUGUGUUCUCUGCUCAAGAAAACUGAUGUGUCGUAAGUGUCAAAAUAAAUUCGUAAUGCUUGAGUUAGUCUUAA